GCGCAGUCCGAGGGGAGACCCUGUGAAUAUAACUCCAAAAUCUACCAGAACGGCGAGAGCUUCCAGCCGAACUGUAAACACCAGUGUACGUGCAUAGAUGGAGCUGUGGGCUGCAUCCCGCUCUGCCCGCAGGAGCUCUCUCUUCCCAACCUGGGCUGUCCCAGCCCCCGGCUGGUAAAAGUCCCCGGGCAGUGCUGCGAAGAGUGGGUCUGUGAUGAAAGCAAGGAUGCACUGGAUGAGCUGGAAGGCUUCUUCAGCAAAGAGUUUGGUCUGGAUGAUUCUGAAGGCGAACUAACCAGGAACAAUGAGCUAAUUGCCAUUGUGAAAGGAGGCCUGAAAAUGCUACCUGUUUUUGGAUCCGAGCCACAAAGCCGAGCAUUUGAGAAUCCCAAAUGCAUUGUACAAACAACCUCCUGGUCCCAGUGCUCAAAGACAUGUGGAACUGGCCUCUCCACAAGGGUCACCAACGACAAUCCUGACUGCAGGCUCGUCAAAGAGACCAGGAUAUGUGAAGUGAGGCCAUGUGGCCAGCCCAACUAUGCCUCCCUAAAGAAAGGAAAAAAAUGUACCAAGACUAAGAAGUCCCCAGCCCCAGUGAAGUUUACUUAUGCCGGAUGUUCCAGUGUGAAGAAGUACCGCCCCAAGUACUGUGGCUCCUGUGUGGAUGGCAGGUGCUGUACGCCUCAGCAGACCAGGACUGUCAAGAUCAGAUUCCGCUGCGAUGAUGGAGAAACCUUUACCAAGAGCGUCAUGAUGAUCCAGUCCUGCCGAUGCAACUACAACUGUCCGCAUGCGAAUGAAGCUUAUCCCUACUACAGACUAGUCAAUGACAUUCACAAAUUUAGGGACUGAGUUGUGUUGGGGGUGGGAUGCUAAACAGAAUUUUGAAGUAACCAGCCGUGGAGAAAAGGACCUUUGAUGGAAAUGGUGCGUUGCCCCUCUGAGGGCAACAUUGAGAUGUUACGAGAGUGCACUGUGCAACUGGACACUAAUGCAACAGAUUUAAGCAUACUUAAAGCUUCAUAGUACUGGAGCAACUUCACUGCUUCUUUUUGGAGCACCUUAUCUAAUUAUAUACUGUUUUCUGUUUGUAAGUGAUCAGAUAAAUGUUUUGUUUCGGUUAUGAAAACUUUUUUUCUAUCCUGUUCAAUUUAACACUAUGCUUCUCCCCCUCCCUCCAUCUCCUCUCCCCCUUUCCCAACCAAGUUGGAAGUUACAUUCCUUCCUGAGGUGGGCACUUGUUCAGUGUUCACAGUGGCAGCUAUUAUGUACCAACUGUAGUUUAAUGGCAAACAGAAAUCAGUUGUUUUAAAGCUGAGUAUUUUAUUUAUCAAACUGUAGUUCUUUUGUUUUCCUUUGACUUUUUUUUUUUUUUUUUACCCCUUCCAGCCCCUGUAAUACUGGAAUAAGUUGUAAAUGAUUUUAAUUUUAUAUUCAAUGAAUUAAAAGAAUUUAUUUAUGGAAUUAAUCAUUUAAUAAAGAAAUAUUU